CUACUCAUAUUCGAGCUGAGACCAAGUCUAAAAUGUCUUUGAAGCUUCCUUUUCUCGAAACCCUCUUCUUAUUUUUAUACCGAAUUCUCUUCAAACAAUUUAGGCACUCCAAUGUUCUCCACAGAACUGUGAGUAAUAACUAUAGCAAAUUUCAAAGGUUCAAUUCUCUUGCUCACAGAUCAGACCUUUCAAACCAAACUUUGAUCUUUAAUGUUGAAGGAGCUUUGUUGAAAUCCUCAUCAUUGUUUCCUUAUUUUAUGCUCGUGGCCUUUGAAGCUGGAGGUCUUUUCAGGGCUUUUGUUCUCCUCAUUUCAUAUCCAUUUAUUCGUUUAGCUGGUGAAGAGAGGGGCUUGAAGAUAAUGGUCAUGAUCUGUUUCUUUGGGAUUAAAAAGGACAAGUUUAGAGUUGGAAAAGCUGUUCUGCCAAAGUUCUUCUUGGAGAAUGUAGGGUUUGAAAUCUUUGAGGUGGUGAAAAGAGGAGGCAAAAAGGUGGGCGUGAGUAAUAUACCUAGAGUAAUGAUUGAAAGUUUCUUGAGAGAUUAUUUGGAGAUUGAUGUUGUAGUUGGACGAGAACUUAAGGUUUUUUGUGGGUACUUUGUUGGACUCAUGGAAGAGAGAAAGAAAGACAAACUUGUUCUACGAGAGAUACUUGGGCAGGAGAACAAUGGCGAUGUUAUCGGCAUUAUUCGCUUCAACAAGUCCCUUGAUGAACAUAAGCUGUUCCUUCUGUGUAAGGAGAUUUACAUGGUGAAAAGGACAGACAAGAGGUGCUGGCAACAACUACCAAGAGAUAAAUACCAUAAGCCACUUAUUUUCCAUGAUGGCAGACUGGCUUUUAGGCCAACCGUGUUGGCUACGGUGGCCAUGUUUAUGUGGGUUCCAUUUGGUUUUCUUCUUGCUAUCUUUAGGGCUUUUAUUGCCUUGACUCUUCCCUUCAAUAUAUCCAUCCCCACAUUAUCCUUUUCAGGAUUGUCCCUUUCUGUAAACCAACCAAAUAGAUCCCACGCAUUGCCCAACGCUAGCUCAAAGCAUCUCCUUUAUGUCUGUAAUCAUAGAACGCUACUAGACCCUUUAUAUCUUUCUUUUACAUUGAAGAAAAACUUUACUGCAGUAACAUACAGUCUAAGCAGAAUGUCAGAAAUCUUAGCACCGAUCAGAACCGUCCGAUUAACCAGAAACAGGGACCAAGAUGCUAAAAUGAUGCAAAGUCUACUAAAACAAGGGGACCUAGUCGUCUGCCCUGAAGGGACAACAUGCAGAGAACCAUAUCUCUUAAGAUUUAGCCCUCUUUUUUCAGAGAUGAGCGAUACAAUAGUUCCUGUGGCUUGUAACAGUCACAUUACAAUGUUUUACGGAACAACUGCCGGCGGGCUCAAGUGUCUCGAUCCCCUUUUCUUUCUCUUGAAUCCAUCACCAAGCUACACUGUGCAGUUGCUGAAUUGUGUAUCCGGAUUGCCCCAGUGCGUUAAUGGUGAAAAAUCAAGAUUCGAUGUGGCCAAUCAUGUGCAAAGUGAGCUCGCCAAUGCAUUAGGCUUUGAACCCACCAAGCUUACGAGGAGAGAUAAGUACCAGAUUCUGGCAGGUAACGACGGGAUAGCUUGCACAAGUAAAAAACCAUAAGGCACAGCCAAUGUUCCAAUGUAUACCCUUUGGUAUCUGUCAGAUAAUUAGGCAAAUACAAUAUCAUACAAAUUUAGUUUUUAAUAAGUGAUUUUCAGUUGUAAGUUGUAACAUAUUAUGAAUAUCAUUACUUUGUUAAUUAUAAAUUGCUUCUAAUGGCUAGAUAAUCUGGUAACGUA